AUGUCUCUCACAAACGGUGCGUAUUUGUCUUCGUCGACGCCAACUUUCUUUCUGACAUGUGUCACAGAGGCCAUCUGGGCUGCCAGCCCCUCCACCACACGCGGACAAGCCACCCAGCUAUCUUCUGACGCUAAGGGCGAGCGAUUGGCUUAUGCAUCAAACAAAUCCAUCUUCCUACGCUCUAUCGACGACCCCACAGUUUCAAAACAGUACACAGAGCAUAAAGCCCAGACCACGGUUGCGCGUUUCUCGCCCUCUGGCUAUUAUGUCUGGGAUUGUGUUGGAGAGGGUGGCACGAGGGGGGACUUUCCCAUUAUCAGCGGGCGGAUUAAUGACAUCGCGUGGGACGGUGAAGAACAAUACGGGCGGUUCAUUACUUGGGAUAUUAGAGGACAUACAAGACCCCGUCCUUUUAGAGCGGCUGCAGGAGGUGAUGAUAGGGCCAUUACUACAAUACGCGACAACCAUAGCAACUAUAUCUAUGCCGUUGCUUUCAGCCCCGAUGGUUCUCAUUUUAUAUGGCUGUACGACGGCACAACUGGUGUAGUAGAGAAACAAAUUGGAGAAGGAGAACAUACAGGUAGUAUCUUUGGCGUCUCUUGGUCAAGUGACUCUAGAAAAUUCGUGACCGCGAGCGGCGACAGGACUGUCAAGCUUUGGGAUGUUGAAACUAGUGAAGCGAUCCAGACUUGGAAGUUUGAAGACGAAGGAAAGGCCGAUAUUCAUCAUCAGCAAGUCGGCGUGGUUAAGCCAUCAGGUCGGAGCGAUGGCCUUAUUAUCAGUUUAUCUCUCAGCGGAGACCUGAACUACUUGGUGGAAGGCACCCCUAAACCCAGACAGGUUAUCCAAGGACACCAAAAGAACAUCACGGCUCUGACCUCAUUCAAAUCUGCCGAAGGUACGGAGACGUUAUGGACGGGAAGUUUCGAGGGCCGAGUCCGCAGCUGGGAUACAGCGUCAGGCACUGCAGAACCAAUCGAUGGAGAAAACCCCACGGCUUAUAUUUCCGGACUCACAUCCACCUCCGAAGGGAAAGGCAGGAUAUACAGUGUUGGCUGGGACGACACUCUCCGUAUUGCAGAUGCUGGAGCCAAAACUUACACCGAAAUUUCGACCAGAUUAUCGUCACAGCCGAGAGCUGUUACAGCAACAGAGGGGACAGUUCUUGUUGCACAUGCGCAGGGCAUUGACAUUAUUCAAGACGGCCAGAAGACUGGCAGCGCUAAGUUGCCAGCUGAGGCGACUGCUGUAGCUAUUCACGGAACCACAGCUGCAGCUGGAGCCGUGGACUCCACGGUCCAGAUUGGAACGGUGAAGGACUCCACAUUCACGUCUGAAAUCGAAUUCAAAGCAUCACAGAACGGGAUCACUGUUCUCGCAUUCUCCCCCGAUGGUUCUUUACUUGCAGUUGGAGAUGCUCGUGGCAAGAUUCUGCUAUACAAUUCCAAAGACGGCAAACUAGUUACCGACCGCUGGGCUUCUCAUACUGCCCGCAUAACAUCGAUAGCCUGGAACCCGGAAGGUACUCAUGCAGUCAGCGGCUCUUUGGAUGCCCACAUCUUUGUCUGGAGCGUGGCCCAUCCAGGAGAACAUCUCCAGGCUGCACAUGCUCAUAAGGAGGGUGUCAAUGGUGUUGCGUGGAUUGAUGGCGGCAACAAGCUUGCUUCGGCUGGGGCUGAUGCCUCCGUCAAGAUUUGGAAACUACGACAAGUGACCUUCAUCCUUCCCCAAACCGGCCAGCGGCUCAAAGGCCUGCUGAAUCUGGGAAACCGCGAUGUUGCAGAAGAUGGCAGCGACGACGAACGACAUCCAUUGUUGGCUGGCAGCAGCGACAUGGAAUCGGCACACCACCCAUCCGACAUGAUGGCGACCAUGCGAGACAAAGUGCAAGGCUCGUGGAACGAAGUGUACGCAUUUGCAACCUCGGAACUGGGCAUAGGAGUCUUUAAGUUUGGCCUGGCUUACUUGCUGGGAUCGUUGGCAACUUAUAUUCCUGCUAUUUCCGACCUUCUCGGCCAUCAGGACGGCAAACAUCUAGUCGCAACCAUAACCGUGUAUUUCCACCCCGCACGCUCUCGAGGAAGCAUGUUCAAGGCGUUGAUCUGCGCAAUCCUCGCCUUUCUUUAUGCUAGCUUCGUGUCUGUCACCAGCAUGUGUGUGUCCAUGUUUUUCGAGAAUCUUGAUCUUCUCGUCAUAGGCCAUAUCAUAGUUUUGGUUGUAUUCUGUGCCGGAGGUUUCGGUUUUAUCGGUUGGGUGAAACAAAGAUUCAACGAUCCUCUGGUCAAUGUUGCAUGCUCGCUAGCCUCAUUAUCUACAAUCACAGUUCUCACGAGAGAGGGUGCGGUCCAGAAAGGCGAUUUGUCUUUUGCAAAGAUCUCGCAAACCGUGAAAAUGCUGGUAAUGGGGGUGUGUUCCACAAUGGCAGUAUCAUUUCUGAUCUUUCCCAUAUCCGCGCGGAAAAAACUGCGAUCCAAUCUGACAACCAUGACCAACACCCUCGCCAUAAUGUUAGCUGGUGUCACAGAAAGCUUCCUCACCGGAUCUGAUGAGAAUUUGCGCGCCUCAGGCUUUGCUGAUGCGUCGGCACGGAAUAGAAAGGCUUAUGGCGUUCUCGACAAUUUGGUCAAAGAGGCAAAACUUGAGCAUUAUGUCGCGGGCACUGAAAGAGAAUAUCGGUUGGAAAAGAGACUAGUUCGAUGCAUUCAGGAUAUCAAUCAGAAUAUGGGCGGCCUGCAGAGUGCUGCAAGCCUCCAGUUCCAGCUACUAAAACAAUCUCAAUUGCAUGUAUCAACUCCACAUGGGAGCAACUCAAUGGCCCGAAGGCCAAGUACAACUGGCCCUAUGGAUCACUUUUCAGCCUAUGGAGAUACGGCAUCUUUGGCAUCAGAAUAUGAACUUGAAACUGAGCCAGGCGAAACUGCUAUCCCUGUUCAAACUGACGAUAAUAAUCAGGAAGCUGGGAGCCCCCAUUCAGAACAGUCACCACAUCGGAUGUUUGAAGUCUUCAUCAGUCAUCUAGGUCCUUCAUUGCAAUCGUUUGCUUUCACCUUGAAAGAAAUCUUGGAGGAGAUUCCCUUUGGCCCUGGCCCGAAGUACCAAGUCUCGUUCAAUAGCAGAUUCAAAACAAGCCUCAACCGUGCUUUGGAGCUGUACCGAGAAGCAAGAGAAAAAGCUUUGGAGUCCGUAUAUCGUGAAAAAGAUUUCGCAAAAAUAGUAUCACCUGCUGUCGAGGCCGACAUGGAAGAAGUUUCAGCUAGCUGCGGUCAUUUCAGUUUCACGCUGAUGGAAUUUGGGGAACAGUUGAAAGAUCUACUUGAGAUUUUAGAUGAUCUGAAACUUGAGUGUGAAGAGCGCCCUCAAGGUCAUUCAUGGAACUGGCUCAAAUUCUGGCGCUCUUUCAAGAGCUCGGCACCUAAUUUCAAUUACUUUGACUACGGUGAAAGUCCAAACCCAAACCCUAACGCUACAUCUAAUAUACCUUCCAUAAUUCGGAAAACUUACUAUUCUCUGGAAACCGGAUACUCGGAUGGAACACGACAUCGAAAUCGGCUCCCGUACCGAAUCUGGAAGUCGUUGAGCUUUUUUCGUCGCGACGAGACAAAAUUUGCCUUGAAAGUUGGUGUCGGCGCUGCUCUUUACGCACUUCCAUCCUUUCACUAUGCAACCCGGCCCAUAUUCACUUAUUGGAGAGGGGAAUGGGGUCUUCUUUCUUACAUGUUGGUUUGUUCCAUGACUAUUGGCGCCUCCAAUACGACUGGAUAUGCUCGUUUUUUCGGUACCUGUCUAGGAGCUUGCUGUUCAAUUGCUGCUUGGUAUGCGACAGCAGGAAAUGUCUAUGGAUUAGCCUUCUUCGGUUGGUUAAUGGCUACAUGGACUGCUUAUAUCAUAUUAGUCAAAGGCCAAGGUCCAAUGGGUCGCUUUAUCAUGCUUACAUAUAAUUUAUCAGUUCUAUACGCCUACUCACUGACAGCGAAUGACAAUGAUAACGACGACGAUGAAGGUGGUACCCACCCAAUCAUCACUGAAAUUGCUCUCCAUCGUGUGGUUGCAGUUCUUUCUGGCUGCAUUUGGGGUAUUAUAGUUACACGAAUGAUCUGGCCAAUAAGUGCAAGAGCCAAGUUGAAAGAAGGGUUGAGUUUGCUGUGGCUACAAAUGAGUCUGAUAUGGAAACGUGACCCUCUGUCAACGAUGGUAGAUGGCAAGCCGGCUAUUGCAUAUUUGAGCUCCCGAGAGAAGCUGCAAAUUGAACGAUUUGUAUCACACCUAGAAUCACUACAAAAUGCCGCGAAGUCUGAAUUCGAGCUGAAAGGUGCAUUUCCGGAGGAAGCCUACCGGAAUAUGAUACAACGAACGCGAAGCAUGCUCAAUGCCUUUUAUGCUAUGAAUCUCGAGAUACUAAAAAACCUCACCGCUUCGGAAGGCGAGAUAUGUCUACUGCAAUACACUGCCCAGGAGCGAGGACAGCUGUCAUCUCGCAUUAGUCAUUUGCUUUCUGUUCUUGCAUCCUCUAUGAAACUCGAAUAUCCCUUGAAUAACUCUCUUCCAAAUAUACAGCAUGCGAGGGACAGGCUCCUGGCUCGCAUAUUCCACUUUCGCCAAGAAAGUGAGCGCUCGUCACUUACAACUGACGGUGAUUAUGCCCUACUUUAUGCCUACGGUAAGAUUUGCCCUCAUGCGCAUCUAUUGCCAUCGCUGAUGCAAGUAGUCUUGGUUACGGGUCAGCUUGGGACCGAUCGCGCGUCCCUCACCAUGCAGAUUGAUCCGGCAGCUCUGAGUCGCACAGACUCGACAUCAGCAGGUGUAUCAGCUUCCAAAACUGUCGCAUCAUCCGGUUCUCUGACCCAGAAAUCCACAAAACCUCUUAUAUCUGUCCCGCGACUCGAUCUCGAACCUGCAUAUACCGACCUCAAAGCCGCAAUCGGCGACAACUGGGCUGAGUACAAGCAGUCCACAGCCCUUUUCCUCCUUGGCCAUCUCAACCAAGAUGAAUUCUCCUCACGCGCCGAUCACAUAGUUUGCGCUGAUCCGAAAACUGAACAUCUACAUAACAAUUUUAUAUGCGCACUUAUUGGAAACUUAUCGAGAGACCUCCCUGAUCAUGGAGUCGCGAGCUGGGUAUCAGCAAAUGACAAACCGACUGUGGUGUCCAAACCGGUCUCUAGUGACCUCGCGGAGCAAAGGCUGAAGACGGAGGUUAUGCAACUGCCUCCCCGAGAUCGUCGUAGAAUCAAGGCCAUUACUGAGCCGGAUCCUCAGGAAAUCAGCCGAAAUGAGCUUGAAGAAUACCAUCUAGCUAAGCAGAUCAAGCUACCCAGCCAGGUGCCAGCAAGUGCCGGGGGUCUGAAUAAAACCAAUUGGGAACUCGAAAUCAGAAAACGUUAUGCUCAACCACUCGCGUCAGAAACUGGUGAAUUCCCUGAUGCGGAGUCGAUCUACGCGCGUAUGGUGCCGAUUUGCUACGAGGAGUCCGUCGCUAGCGGAGCGAGUUUUCCUUGUGCAGAAUUAAUGGCUAUUGCGACGGAAACAUAUGUCAAAGAAGUAUUAUCAAGUGUUUUCUCACGCACAAGGCAUAACGGUCCGUCUGGGACCAUCAAUGGCAUGGUGACGCGGAAAUAUCGCAGACAGCUAGAGCGCGAAGAAUUGGCGUUCGCCCGCGGAGAAAUAGCCAAGGACAUCGCAUCCGGCCUUCUCCCAGCCGAGGCGCGAGAAGCGAGUAUCAGGCAACCGUUGGGAGUGAGAGACCUGAAGCUUUCGCUCACUCUGGGUGGCGCUCUACUUGGCCAAAUGCCCUUGCUCAUCGACCAUAUUAUGAGCGCAUACGAUGAAGAUGAACUAGAAGCUGAACGACAAGGAUAUAUUGAGGAAUUGCAAACGAAGACCGAGGAUGAUGAUGGGGUUCCUAGCGCUGAUGAAAUGGAUAUAGACGAAGAAUGGGGGUGGGAAGGAGGCACAGGUGUAGAAAGGGAGCAGUUAGGCUCUCUUCUUGACGAAUGCCUAGCACUGGCAGCCUAG